AUGUCGACGAACACGACGAUCGCGCGCCGCGGCCGCCAAGUGGCGCGAGACGACGCCGCCAACCUCACCAUCAAGGCGUGGCCCAGCGUGCCGCAAUGCGGCAAGCUGCCAGUCGAGUGGGUGGGCUAUGCGCCGCCGUUCAAGUUCUACAUGCUGGACGCGAACCAGACCGACCUCGGGCUGCAGACGACGCUCAAGGCGCCCAACGGCACGGUGAUGCUGACCGUCAAGCUGCCCCCGCAGGUGAUCUACAUCGCCGUGGAAGACAACCUGCACACACGGGUAACCAGCAAGCCCGUGGCCAUUCUGCGGGGCCAUGACAAGUGCACGACCGGCCUGACGCUGGGACAUAAGCUCGGCACAAUGGGCGGCGUGGUCGGCGCACUGUUCGUCAUAGCGCUCGUCCUCUUGCUCCGCCGGCGGCGCUCGCAGGGGAGGCUGGCGCGCUCUUACGUGCGCAAGCGGGAGCCUGAGACGCUGCGGCUGAAUGACUUGGUUCCGGAGGACACGGUCGCGCUCAUUCGUGCAGCGGCACGGCCUGCGCGUCGGCCACCGCCGUCGGCGUCCCCGCUGCCGCUGACGCCGAUGGAGCUGCCGCCGUCCCUGUCGCCGCCGCUGCGCCCUCCCCCGGUCCGGAGGGAAACUGGCGAGCCUGACCCCGACGACGUGGCACCGCCUUACUCGCCUGCCAAUGCGACAAAGUACCCCCCGCUAACACACCUGGUGGUGGGGGGUGAAGGGAGCCAUCAUGGGGGGGCUGCAGCGGCCGAGGGCAGGGAUAGCACGGAAGAGGUACACUUGAACCCAAUAUCGCCUCCGCCGCCCCUCACGCCGCUCUCGCCCCGGCCAACAAUGUGA